UGAACAUAUUUCCAACAUUCUGCUUCAUCGACAUAUACCGUACUCUUUCUUGCGAUACUGCAACAAUUGUGAAACGACUGGAAAGGUUCCAUUUUGCAUUUGAUAAACGCUGCAUCCAGCACAUUACUUAGAUUUCGCCUCUCCAGCGGGCGAAACAUUGAUACCCAAAAGCCAAAAUUUGCUUCAUAAACACCCCGCCACGCCUUGUCAUCGCCUGAGACGGUCAACAAGCAGCAACAGAUAACGCUUCGCCCUUAACAGCGUCAAACGUCAGGCAGUCUUCUGAACAUACGACAUCUUCACACGGUGCUGGAAGCAAAUUGAAAAGCCGAACGUUCAAUCGCAGAGCGCAUAUCAUCUCUAACAAUAUACGCCGCGGAGGGACAGUUCAACAUGGAACAGCAAUUAAUUCAACUUUUCAACGAGACACAAUCCAACCACGAACCGACUCGCCAGAAUGCCGAAUGGCAGCUCAAGCAACUCUAUUCGAAUCCAGAUUUUCCCCUUAGUCUGAUAGCGAUUGGAGCUCACGUGGAAGUUCCACUCGAGGUACGACAAGCGUCGUUGCUCUAUUUGAAGACAUUCGUCUUAGCUUGUUGGUCGACCGAGCUAGACGACUUCACUGGACCAUACUUUGCCGAUGAUGCCAAACGAGCGGAGAUUCGCCAAAGACUCUUAGAUCUUGCACUGAGCGGAAACAAUGAGCGCAAGGUAGAAAGCGCGGCCAGCCUGGUCGUCAGCAAGAUUGCCACAGCUGAUUUCCCAAAUGAUUGGCCGGUUUUAUUACCGACCCUGCUGCACGUGGUCUCCACCGGAUCUGACAAGCAAGUCCAUGGAGCUUUGAAAGUCCUUCACGAGCUGGUCGACGAUUGCUUCAACCAUGAGCAAUUUUUCGCGGUGGCGAGAGACCUUGUCAAGGUCAUUUACGAUGUGGCUGCAAACCCCAACCGCAAGACAAUGCUUCGCGCACUUGCACUUUCUGUCUUCCGGUCAUGUUUCGACAUCCUAGAAAUGGUCAUAGACGACCACAAAGCCGCCGUGAAAGGGUUCGCAGAGGAGACCCUUACCGGAUGGCUUCCAUUUUUCAUCGAGACUUUGAAAACGUCUCUACCGCAAGCGCCCCCCGCUGGUGCUGAGACGCAAGGAACUGAGCAAGCAGAGCUCUAUCGAGGAUUCGUUGCAUUCAAGUACCAAGCUGUGAAGGUCUUGAUGCGCAUCAGGCAGCUAUUUCCUAGCACUCUUUCACCACACAGCCCUGCAUUAUUCUCGGCAACUUGGCAAGAAUUGUCCACCCUGCAAUCACAAUAUCAAGCUACAUAUAUCGAUGAUGACCAGCAAGGAAGACUAGAAGAUGCCGAUGGUCUGCCUUAUACUUUGGACUUCUUGGUGCUCGAAGAGCUGGAUUUCAUGCAGGCAUGUAUCCGCGCCCCGCCUGUGCGCAAAGAGCUCGAGUCUCAAAUUACUGCUGGAUCUCCUCCCGCGUGGAUGGCAGAUGUUAUGAAGAUUGCCGUUGCAUACGCUCAGAUCACAACGGAAGAAGAAGGCCUUUGGGAUGUAGACGUCAACGUCUUCUUGUUCGAUGAAGUAAACGUUACUGCCAACUAUACACCACGAUCAGCCUGUGGUGAUCUAGUCAUCAAGCUUAGCGAGUGGCUUGGUGGUGCCACUGUCGAUGGUUUGCUUGCCUACACCAGAAAUCUUUACAAUGAAAACGCAAACUGGAAGACCAAGGAAGCCGCACUGUAUCUCUUCAACCAAGUGCUCGGCGAAUUUCAAGAUGUAGAGAAGAGGAUAGGUACCGAAUCCGCAAUCGGCUAUGUCGAUUUCAUCAAGCAUGCCAUGCAAGAGGAGCCCGUAUUCCUUCGAGCUCGAGGCUACCUCGUUGCAGGUGGGCUGGUCCGCACCUCGGGCGACGCACUGCAAGCUGUUGCUGCAUCCUUGAUGGAAGCCUCGCUCAAUGCCAUCAACAACGAUGAGUCCGAGAUUGUAAAAGUCUCAUGCAUUCGGGCCUUGGGAUAUUACUUUGCAGCCUUGCCUUCUGCUGUGACGAUCAGCCAACAGUCGAACGUCAUUGCGGCCCUUCAAAAUUUCAUUCAGACGCAAGAUCUGAGCGACCUCAACGACAGCGAUGAUGUACUCAUUACCAUCAUCGAGACUCUACGAGAUGCUAUUAUUCUUGACACUAGCACUUGCCUCAGCGGCGGUGGACUGGACUUGCUGUUUUCCGUUGCUAGUCAAGGUGCCAGCAAUUUCCAGAUCACCAUGCUGGUAACUGAGACCUUUGAAGAGGUUGCUCGAUCAAUUUCAGAAAGCGGUGUCGAAGCGACAAGUCUAUUGGCUAGCAAAGUCUUGCCCACCCUGAUGGGCGCAUUCGAUGUCGCUAGCCUGACUGAAGAAAAUGCUCUCGCCAACCUCGCUGCAGAGCUCCUCUCAGUCCUUGCAGAGUAUGCGUCUUCGCCACUCCCGCAAGGUUUCGUCGUCACCACAAUGCCGCGCCUGAGCCGUCUUCUCCUGGAGUCGCAAGAUGACGAGUUGCUCAGACAUGCCACCUCUGCGGUCAAGAACAUGCUCUCUCACGAUCCCGAGCAGGUAUUCAACUUCAGUGACCAGAACGGCAAAGGUGGCCUUGAGGUCAUCCUCAUUAUCAUCGAUCGCUUGCUCAGCCCGAGCGUGGACGACAAUGCCGCAUCGGAAGUUGGCGGACUCGCUGCCGAAGUCGUUGAGAAGGCCGGUUCAGAAAAGUUGGGACCUUAUCUGACACAGCUCUUGCAGGCUGUGGCGACGAGACUUGCAUCUGCCACCCAAGCGCAAUUUAUCCAGAGCCUCAUUCUCGUCUUCGCGAGAUUGUCGCUAAUCUCGGCGCAGGAAGUGGUAGGCUUCUUGGCGGACAUCCGCAUCGCGGACCAGACUGGACUACAAGUAGUUGUCACUAAAUGGCUGGAGAACUCCGUCAACUUUGCGGGAUACGACGAUAUCCGACAAAAUGUCGCCGCCCUUUCGAAGCUGUACGAGCUCAACGACCGCCGGCUCGCCGAAAUCCAAGUCAAGGGCGACCUCAUCGUUCCAGAAUCCAACCGAAUCGUAACCCGCUCCCGUGCUCGCCAGAACCCCGAUCAGUACACCGUAAUUCCCGCCCAGCUUAAAAUCAUCAAAGUCCUCGUCGAAGAACUACUCUCCGCUUCUGGUAAUUCAGGCCCGAACGGCGCACCUGGUGCUGGCGCCGAGGAAGAUGACGAUGAAGAUGACGAAGACGGUGACUGGGAAGAUGAUGGCCCUGCAUUCGUGGAUCUUGCCUCUGGUAUGACCAAAUCACAACUCAUGGCUUAUGCAGCGGACGAUGCGCCCCUGUAUGCGCGUGGCAGGGAUGACGAGACCCAGGCUUACCUCGUAAAUUGGUUCCGCGGCCGCACGCAAGAUCCAGGCUUCGCUGAAAUCUUUGCUGCAUUGAGUCCCGUGGAACAGGACAAGUUGAGGACGAUGUCGGAGUGACUCUCAUGAAUGAGGAAGAUAGC